CCGCGAGGAGGCGGCGGUCCCGUCAAAGGCCGCCCAGCGCACCGGCCUGGCGCUCUGCAUCGGCUCCGCCGCUGCGUGCCUGCCCCCGCGUGGAGGCCAGCACGAGGCCUUCUCCGCCGGCGCCGCGGCGGCGCCCGCCCUGCGGCGCCGGGGCGGCGCCGCGUGGGCGCCCGAGCGGAGGCCCGCCGCGCUGCGGCUGGGAGCCCCCGCCGCGGCCGCGCCGAGCGGGUGGAGGGCGGCGGAGCAGGCGGCGCAGGGCGGCGGCGGCCUGGCCAUGGCGCUGGCGUCGCUGUGCGGCGCGGCCCCCAGCCAGCCGCGGGCCACGAGGAGGGUCGAAGAAGACGGGGAUCGAGUAG